AUGUUGAAACUUGUUACGUUUUCAGGAAAGCAGUCGAAGAGAGCGGUGACUGUGAAAUCGGUGACUAGAGAGUUCUCAUUGAAAGAACUGGUCGACUCCUUUGGGACGCUGUCGGACUGGGACCAGCUGACGCUGCAGCAGAAGGGGUCUUUGGAGCGGCGGCUCCCCCCCCUGUGGGCGGACCCCACCACUUUCGAGGCGCAGUUCGAGAAAUGGGCAGAUGCCACGCCCAGCGGUGGGGCUGGGUGGCUGGGCAAGAUGGCGUCCGCGUGGCGCUCCGAUUCGCGCCGCGGUCUCGGCUGGCUGCAGACCCUCAGGCUUGGAGACGGCUCACACUUUGCCGCUGCGGCGACAGUGGAAGCGGUGGCGCUGGAGAGGAUUGCGGACGACGAGGCGACGGUCACCGUCCGCCGUCUGCUAUGCGACAUACGAGAGAGGGACUGCCUCGCCGAGUGGGCCGCCAGGCUGAUGGCCAGGUGCGUGUGCCUCGGAUCGCGGCUGGCCGAGCAGCCGGAGGCGCUUAGCGCGAGCCGUUCGCUGUCCCUCUCGCACGCGCUGCGUUGGUGCGCGAGCGCGAACGAGAUGGCGCUACCGUCGCAGGUGCUCAAUUGCCUGCGGACCAUAGACAAGAAGGAGCGCGGUUCGUUGGCCUGGCUGAACCAGGAGCUGACCGCCCUGAGGAGGCUGGCGCUGAACAAGGGUGAUGUGGAAGGUCUCUCCGUGACAUUAAAAAGGGCUGAAGUCGAAGCGGUUUUGUACCGAGAGGGCGCCCCGUUGGAACAUUUCAUUGGGAUCAACAAUCUAGAGUUGUUGCUGAACAGAGAUUUGAAAUGUAAGCCUAUAAGAUUUUUAUAUUUAACUCUAUCUAUAAUCUCUCAGCAAGGAGAAGAUGAAGACCACACUGGACGCGACACUACGAAGGUGUUCAGAGACAAAGGGGCCUUUGGUGGGGCGCAGCAGGAGGGAGCUCCAGUUCAUGGUGCUGGUGGUCUCGAGCAGUACGACGCCCUGUGGGAGCAGGCCUCGGCCGGCGGGGAACGCGACUCAAUCCUGACGGACAUGGCGCACACCCUGGACUGGGCGCUGGCUCUGGGCCUGGCGCUGGACUACGCCGCCCUAGCAGACCUGAUGCUGCACAGGGUCGGCUCUUCCCAGGCCAUCGGCGAGGAGGCGGCCCGGGCGGUCGUGAAACAGCUGGAGACGCUCGCCCAGCUGCUAGACGAGUUCGCCGUGGACGCCCUGAAGGGCAGCGCCCCCGCCCUGGGCGCUGCGGCGUCCCGCCUCGUGGAGGAGCUGCUCCGCGAGGAGUCGGCAGCCGGCCUGGCGAGGGGCUGGCUGCAGCUGGUGGCCGACCCCGAGCACUCGCUGCUCCACUACUGCAGGGAGCUCCACAGCGCCUCAGAGAGGGGAGAUGGCGCCGCCUGGGCGAACGCCUUCGGGAGAAUGAGACGGAAGAUGUUCGAGAACCCCCACGCCGGCCCCGACUACAAGGUGCUGGGCAAGCACCAGGGCGCCCUCUACGCCUUGGAGGACUUCGACCCCGAGAAGAAGGAGUCGACGAAACAAACCCUGGCCCGUCUCGUCGGCGAGCUGGACUCCAGCCGCAGGGCCGAGGGCGGACCCAGGCAGCUGCGCCUGUCGCAGCUCUGUCCCGCUCUGGCGCGCCUCUCGGACGCGGGGGCGAGCGAGACGGCAUGCCUCUCCCGCCUCCUGGGGCUGCCCAGAGGCGGACGAGUCCACAAGUUCGAGGAGCAGGUGACGGUGUUCAGGAGUGCGCGUCGGCCGGCGCUGGUCACCAUCCUGCUGGCGGACGGUCAGCGGCGGCGGCUGCUGGUGAAGGGCGGUGAGCCCCUCCGCAGGGACGCCGCCGCCAUGAGGCUGCUGCGGACCCUGACCCUGGGCGGCCGGCGCCCAACACCGCGCAUCCAUUACAACGUGACGCCUCUCGGCGAGGACUGCGGCCUCAUUGAAUAUCUGGAAGACCACGAGACGCUGCGCUCCGUCAUCUCGAGCAGAUACGACCUCGAAGGCGUUCUGCAGAAUGAUGUCGAGGAUCUGAACCCGGACCCCGAGGAGUGUCUCCGCCGGUUCAGGCUCAACUGCUCCAAGGUCCCCGCGCACUCGCUGCGGUCCGUGAUGGAGUUUCGCAGCCCGAGCGUCGAGGACUUCAUCGCCAGGAAGCGGCGGUUCCAGGAAUGCCUGAGCGUCGUCACAUUCUCCAGCUGGAUUCUGGGCCUUGGGGACCGGCAUCUGGACAACCUGAUGUACAGCAACCGCGACGGCUCGCUGGUGCCGGUGGACUGGAACCCGGUGCUGCGGCACGGCCGCGCCGAGCUGCCGCCCGCCCGGCUGACGCGCGCCCUGCUGGCGCCCUGCAGCCCCGCAGUGCUGGAGAGUCAACUACAGCAGUUGGCCGAGUCGGCGCGAGAGCACCAACGGAUCUUGAUGGCAGUCUUCAGAGUGUCCUUCGGCUGGAUGGGCCGGGACUUCGAGGACGGCAUGCGGGAUGUCGGUGAUCUGGUGUCGGGCUCCGCCCUUCCGCACCAGGUGAGCCUGCGGGGGCUGCAGCGGAGCCCUGGAGGCCGAGCGGCACGUGGCGCUGAUCUCCUGAAACGCGCCUUCCACGACUGCGUGCAGAAAGAGAGCUACUGCGUGCAAGAGCAGAUCUCGGACCUGCUGCGUCACUGCACCGACCCUCGGGUCCUGAGCGUCACCAGGUCGCCAUGGGAGCCCUGGGUG